AUGUUGUCAUCUCGUGUAUGCCUGGUCCCCACGACAGUCCGCCUAAUCCGUUCCCUGAUCUGCAGUUCUUCCCGUUCCUUCAUGGAUCUAAAGGCUCUCCUUUCCUCUUUGAAUGACUUUGCAUCCCUCUCAUUUGCUGAGAGUUGGGACAAUGUUGGAUUACUGGUGGAACCAAGCCCACCACACACUGUAAACACGCUUGAUUUGACAGAAGAAGUGAUGGAGGAGGCACACUGCAGAAAGGCAGAUCUCAUUCUCUCCUACCAUCCGCCCAUUUUCCGACCUAUGAAGUGCAUCACCUGGAAAACCUGGAAAGAGCGCCUGGUGAUCCGGGCGCUGGAGAGCAGAGUCGGGAUCUACUCUCCUCACACGGCCUAUGAUGCUGCUCCCCAGGGAGUCAACACCUGGCUGGCUAAAGGGCUUGGAGUUUGCACCUCCAGGCCCAUCCAUGCUUCCAGAGCUCCUGACUACCCCACGGAGGGAACACACAGAGUAGAAUUCAAUGUUACCCACACCCAAGACCUGGACAAAGUCAUUUCUGCAGUGAAAGGAAUUGCAGGUGUAUCUGUCACUUCUUUUUCUGCUAGGACUGAUGAUGAAGAACAAACACGGCUCAGUCUGAAUUGUACUCAGCAAGCUUUGAUGCAGGUGGUGGCUUUUCUUUCCCAGAACAGACAAUAUUAUCAGAAGACUGAAAUUCUGUCACUGGAGAAGCCUCUGCUUCUACAUACUGGGAUGGGACGGUUAUGCACCCUGGAUGAGUCUGUCUCCUUGGCAACCAUGAUUGAGCAAAUCAAAAGGCACCUAAAACUGUCUCAUGUUCGCCUUGCUCUUGGAGUAGGGAAGACCUUAGAGUCCCCAGUCAAAGUCGUGGCCGUGUGUGCUGGUUCUGGGAGCAGCGUCCUUCAGGGAACAGAGGCCGACCUCUACCUCACAGGUGAGAUGUCCCAUCAUGAUGUUCUAGAUGCUGCUUCCCAAGGAAUAAACGUGAUCCUCUGUGAACAUAGCAACACUGAACGAGGCUUUCUUUCUGAUCUUCGAGAUAUGCUGGGUGCUUACUUGGAGAAUAAGAUUAAUAUUAUCGUGUCAGAAAUAGACAGGGACCCUCUUCAUGUGGUAUAA